ACCGCCACCUGGACUCAGGAAGAAAAUCCUGAGAGGGGAAAAUCCUGGGUGACUGUGAGGUUGAACGCCAGCUCACGCCCACCCUGACCUCCUACCACAGAUGUUCCCGGAUACGCUAGCUUCCAGCGCCUGCCCUUUCGCCAUUUCCCCUAUUACUAUUAAUCCCGGUGCAUCGGGUAGCAAAGCCUAAGAAUCCAGGCGACGACGUAUUUUCUUGCAGCCUCUCCUCUGAGAGCGCGAGUGAUGGUUUUGGCGGGUGUACUCCGUGAGCACCCCAAUUUUACUGAUCCACCCCACCCGCCCCCGAAAACAGCGUCUGACAAGAUACAGCCCCGCAGAAGGCCAUCCGUAGAUGUCUCUCUAAGGAAUGUGGAAGCCCUUUAAAGGGAGCUCCCACGAGGCCAUUUUUGGAGGUUUGCUUAAUGCAUUUUUUUCCCCAUAAUCAACCCGCUGAUAUCCCAAAAAUCUAGAGUUCGUACACAGGUCGUCCCCCGGGCCGCAGCCGCGGCUGUAAUUCCUCUCGGCCGAUUUCAAGUGCAAGAGAAGAGGAAUGGUAGUGGGACGCGAAGGCGUCCGGAAUGCAGGGGGCGAGCCACCGGGCCUGUCCCGGCACCCUGGGUCACCUUUGGUCACCCUUGGUUAUUGGGACACUUCUUCGGACGCCUUUCCGGAAAGUGAUUUGGGGAAGAUCAGGCCCAUCACAUGAAUGACUAAAGUUGUUACCUUGGGGAUGAAAUGGAGCAAAGCAGGACUGGUUUUUGGAGGAGGGCUAGAAACUACAAAACCGAGCUUCUUGGGAACUGCCUUUUGGUCUAACAGGAAGUGGAGCGUCAGCGAAAAGCGGGAGGCGGCCACCCGGGGACCAUUCCUUGUGCUUCGGGCGCUCACUUUGCGGGCGGCGUUUUUUCCUAGUUAUCCAUGCAGCGAAUGAGGCAGGGUGGAUGCACGCUGCUGGAUUUAGAAAAUUAAACAAACAAACAAACAUAUGAGCAGGCCAUACGCCCCUUCCGUUUUAUGAUAACCAAGCUGCAAGCAAAUAAAUCGGCCGAUCUCUGCUCUCGAGAGUCAAGAGAGCCUGUUCCUAUCAAUUAUCGAAGCCAUAAGGAAAAAUUUUUUUAAAAGUAAAACUAUCAUAAUGAGGUGUUGUCACAUCUGCAAACUUCCGGGCAGAGUGAUGGGGAUUCGAGCGCUUCGCUUCUCUUUGGUGGUCGUCCUUGUGUUACUACUGGUAGCUGGGGCUUUGACCACUUUACUUCCUAACGUUAAAGAAGACAAGAUGCUCACGUUGCGUAGGGAAAUAAAACCCCAGGGCAAGUCCACCCUGGAUUCCUUUACUCUCAUAAUGCAGACAUACAACAGAACAGAUCUAUUAUUGAGACUUUUAAAUCAUUAUCAGGCAGUACCACAUCUGCACAAGGUGAUUGUGGUGUGGAACAAUGUUGGGGAGAAGGGACCAGAGGAGUUGUGGAGUUCUGUAGGGCCUCACCCUGUUCCUGUGAUCUUCAAACUACAGACAACAAACAGGAUGAGGAAUCGGCUCCAGGUCUUCCCUGAGCUGGAGACUAAGGCGGUGUUAAUGGUAGACGAUGACAUGCUGAUUAGUGCCCAAGACCUUCUUUUUGCUUUCUCAGUUUGGCAGCAAUUUCCUGAUCAAAUUGUAGGAUUUGUUCCUAGAAAGCAUGUCUCGACUUCAUCAGGUGUCUACAGUUAUGGAGGUUUUGAACUGCAGACACCAGGGUUUGGAAAUGGUGACCAGUAUUCUGUGGUGCUGAUUGGAGCCUCAUUCUUCAACAGCAAAUACCUUGAACUCUUUCAGAGGCAACCUGCAGCCGUGCACGCUUUGAUAGAUGAAACACAAAACUGUGAUGAUAUUGCCAUGAACUUCAUCAUUGCCAAGCACACCGGGAAGCCUUCAGGGAUAUUUGUGAAACCUAUAAACAUGGCCAAUUUAGAAAAAGAAACCAACGGUGGCCAUUCUGGAAUGUGGCAUCGAGCUGAGCACUUUCUGCAGAGGUCUUAUUGUCUCAAUAAGCUUGUUAGUAUCUAUGAUGGCAUGCCCUUGAAGUACUCCAACAUAAUGAUUUCUCAGUUUGGUUUUCCAUAUGCCAACCACAAAAGUAAAAUGUGAAAGUCAAACAAACUAACUAAAACCUCAAAACUGCUUAGUAUUUGAGUAGCUUCUCCAUGCUAUGGUUGUUUGGUUGGUUUUGUUUUAAGUAACAUCAUGAACUUUUAUCCAAUCCAGAAGUCUGUCUCUACAAAGGAAAAAACAUAUGGGACUUAAAAUUCACAUAAACUUCAAAAACCAAGAAGCUGGCAUUAUCCAGGUAGUUCUUGUGAAGAGUCUUCAUCCAUGAAUAGAACUCCUCAGUCAGUGACUUUAUUGUUUACAUUCUAAGACUGUUCUGCAAUUUCUUUGACUUCUGGCAUCUGCCUUAAGGACCCAUGGCAAGCUGUUUCCAGAGAAGCAUUUCUCAGCUUUCAUCAAGGGAUGAUCACUUUCAUUUGAAGCUUCUUUAGCAAAAGACUGGUGCAGGGAAAAGCCAUGUGAGAAGAGACUAGUCUUACUCCCACAUAAAAACAAGCAGAAAAUUCAUGACUAUCAGUGCUUCCCUUGUGGUCCCCCCUACCAGCCCUUUCCAGGACUGAGUCAGCCCAGCAUGGUUUGAUGCAACCAUCCGUGCUUCUAUUUUUGUUGAUAAGACUGCUGUGACUGGGAGGGUUAAUUUUAGUAGCUGAAGGAUGUCUAGCUGUUUGCUUGAUUUUUGUGAACAUUUACAGCAUGGAUCACACAAAAAGUGCAGCUGAUGUUUCUAAAUGCAGCUUAUAUGCAGCAAGGAAGAAAUGUUUUACUAGAUUCAGGUAGUCCAUUUUGUCACUGGAUCUGACCUUGAGAUUGUACAUUAAUUCUUAUAUUUGGCAUAAAGUGUGUAUUGUUUAAGAAACAUGUAAAAUAACUCUUCUGAAAGAAUGAUUCGCAGGAACUGGCAAAAGUUAAAACCCCUAGUUUAGUAUCAAAAGAUCUACAUACAUUGUUUGAGCAUAGGCUGUCUCAUGGAUACCAAAGGGUUGUGUGUGUUAUAUACAAAGUCAGUCUCUUUCAGAAAAGAUCUAAGGCACCAUUCAUCUUGAUGAAAUUUCUAUUACAUAGAUACAGGAAAAAAUAAGAGACUGAGUAAUAGGAGAGGGAUUCUAUAGGGAGUCUGCAUAAUUGUUAUAUUGCCUACUCUCUGUUAUGUGAAUUAGUAUCCGUGUCCCACAUGGUGUUUGUGUUUGAUCUUUGUUCACUGCUGGUAGCUGGCAAUACUUAGUCUUCUGUCUUCCACCUUCCACCAUUUAGCCUCAGAAUCACACAGCUCUGAAAAUAUAAUAAUCCUGGUUUAUGUUCCAACAAUGGGGUCUUUGUAGUUAGUUCAGUAUAUGUUGUUUCUUUACGUUGGCAUGUGUAGGUGUCUUAAUGUAGUCAGAUAAAACCAGUAGAAUGCAGAACCUCGCUAAAAAUUAUAAUGUUAAUUAUCUGCUUUGUCCACCCUUGGUAGUGAUUUUUUGCCUCUUUGGAUUCCAUUGGCAGAUAAAUAAACUUUUAUCAUUCAGAUGUUUCGUGUUAA